AUGUGGAGGCAGGUGAUAACUCGAUUCGGCAUCCCGGAAGUUGUUGUCUCCGAUAACGGGACACAAUUCACUGACAAGAAGUUCGCAGAAUUCCUCUUCGGUCUGGGCAUAAAGCAGAGAUUCUCCUCUGUAGAGCAUUCCCAGACGAACAGUCAGGUCGAGGCCGUAAACAAGGUCAUCUUGCUGGGCCUCAAGAAGCGGCUGGAUAACAAAAAAGGUGCAUGGGCCGACGAACUCGCCUCGGUCCUCUGGUCUUACCGAACAACCGAGCAGUCGUCCACAGGAGAAACCCCUUUCCGCCUGAUGUACGGGGUGGACGCAAUGGUACCCGUAGAGAUCGGAGAGCCGAGCCCACGAUUACUUCUGAAGGGAGUAGAGGAAGCUGUGGAAAAGGACCUAGCAGAUGAGGCUAGGGAGAUGGCCUAUUUGUCAGAAAUAGCACUAAAGCAAAGAAUGGCCCUGCGCUACAACGCCAAAGUGCUCAAGAGAAUUUGA